CGCUGACCCCGGCCCCGGCCCCCCACGGGCCCUUCGAGCCGUGACCCCCGCCCUGUGUCCUGUGCUAUGAGCGUUCGGCGUGACUUCUCCUCGAGCAGUUGCAAAUGAAAAUGGAGGAUAUGUCUUUGUCUGGCCUGGAUAACAGCAAACUGGAGGCCAUCGCACACGAGAUCUACACUGACCUGGUGGAGGAUGCCUGCCUGGGGCUCUGCUUCGAAGUCCAUCGGGCAGUCAAGUGUGGCUACUUCUUCCUGGAUGACACCGACCCCGACAGCAUGAAGGACUUUGAGAUCGUGGACCAGCCUGGUGUGGACAUCUUCGGGCAGGUGUACAACCAGUGGAAGAACAAGGAGUGUGUGUGCCCCAACUGCAGCCGCAGCAUCGCCGCCUCCCGCUUCGCCCCACACCUGGAGAAGUGCCUGGGCAUGGGCCGCAACAGCAGCCGCAUCGCCAACCGCAGGAUCGCCAGCAGCAACAACCUCAACAAGUCGGAGAGCGACCAGGAGGACAACGACGACAUCAACGACAACGACUGGUCCUACGGCUCCGAGAAGAAAGCCAAGAAGAGGAAAUCGGACAAGAACCCCAACUCCCCUCGCAGGUCCAAGUCCCUGAAACACAAAAAUGGUGAGAUCAGUGGGACCCCCGAUCCCUUCAAGUACAGCAACUCAGCAGGAAUCAACUACGAGACGCUGGGCCCCGAGGAGCUGCGGACGCUGCUCACCACGCAAUGCGGAGUCAUCUCUGAGCACACCAAGAAGAUGUGCACCAGGUCCCUGCGGUGUCCCCAGCACACGGACGAGCAGCGCAGAUCCGUCCGGGUUUACCUCCUCGGCCCCUCCGCGUCCCUGCCCGAGGCUGAGGGCAGUGUGGAGAACGACAGCUUCGAGGUGGCCGAGAGCCAGGCCCUCAUGAGCCGGCUGCAGUGGGACGGCUCCUCCGACAUCUCCCCCUCCGACUCGGCCUCCUCCAAAGCCAGUGAGUGCCAGGGGGUGAGGGGAGGUACAAACAACUCUGAGUCUCGUAAGACCAAGAAGAAGAAGCCUCACCUGGGGCUGGUGAGCGGCGCCCCGGGGCUGGGCUCCAGCAAGAAGAAGAAGCCCAAGCCCCCUGCCCCCCACACCCCCAGCAUCUAUGAUGACAUCAACUGAGUGCAGCAGAGCUGGU